AUGAAAUUUGAUCUAAGCUAUAAGUAAUUUGAAAAUAUUAGGAUUUAAAAUACUUCAUUGUAGGGUGGAAAUUUUGUAAGAUGUAAUUUGAAUGGGUCAGACUUUUAUAAUAUCGAUCUUAGUGGAGUUAAUUUAAAUGGAGCUUAAUUAUUUUAAUGUAGAUGGAAGAAUAUAAAAAUACAGGAAUUGAAUUAAUUUAAUGGUCAUACUCACUCAGUCAACUCACUUUGUUUCUCUCCUGAUGGUAAUACAUUAGCAUCUGGUAGUUGGGAUUUCUGUAUCAUUUUAUGGAAUGUUAAGACAGGAUAAAAAAUAAAUAAAUUAAAAGGUCAUAGUGAUUAUGUAAAAUCUGUCUAUUUCUCUUCUGAUGGUAAUAGUUUAGCUUCUGGAAGUGAUGAUAAAUCCAUUCGUGUGUGUGGGAUGUUAAGACAAGAAAAUUGAAAGCUAAAUUGUUUGGUCACACUGGAGCUGUAUAUACAGUCUCUUUAUCUAGUGAUGGUAAUACUUUAGCAUCUGUUAGUGAUGAUAAAUCUAUACGUUUAUGGGAUGUUAAGAUAGGAUAAUAAAAAACUAAAUUAGAUGGUCAUACUAAUCUAGUCAUGUCAGUCUGUUUCUCUUCCGAUGGUAAUACUUUAGCAUCUGGAAGUAGGGAUAAGUCUAUCCGUUUAUGGGAUGUUAAAACAGGGUAAUAAAAAGCCAAAAUCGAUGGUCAUACUAGUUCUGUCGGGUCAGUUUGUUUCUCACCAGAUGGAACUGCUUUCGCUUCAGGUAGUAAUGAUAACUCAAUCCGAUUAAGGGAUGUUAAGACAGGAUAAUAAAAAGCGAAAUUAGAUGGUCAUACUAGUACGGUCGAUUCAUUAUGUUUCUCACCAGAUGGAACUACUUUAGCAUCACGUAGUGGUGAUAAAACAAUAUGUUUAUGGGAUAUUAAGACUGGGUAAUAAAUUACACCUACAGAUAAAAAAUUUAAAGAUCUUCUAGCAUAAUUUAAGUUGCCCUUACAAUAAAUUAAUCCAUUUAUUGAAAGUAUUUUUAAAAUUUUUAUUAUAGUUACCUCAUAUAUAAAUAUUUUACUCAUUUCCCAAAAUUCAUAAUUGUAAGCAUUUGGAGCUUUAAUUCUAAAGGGAGAAUUUGUUAAUCAAGCAGGCAUAGAUUUAACAUUAUUAUUAAAAUAGAAAGGAAUAUUAAACUGGGUAUGGGUAUAUAAUUAUAAUAGAACAUAUUUAAUAAAAGAAAAUGGUUAUAUUUACUCUCAUCAUAACAAAGGAUCUAGAUGAUAAAUAAUUAUCUUUCUAAUUUACAAAAAAUGAUAUAAUUAUAAUUGAAGUAUGUAUUGAAGAUAAAUACAUUAAAUGGAGUAGAUAGAAUAAUCCAUAAUUAACAUUUAUUGUAAAUAUAAUUAUUAUUAGUAGUUGA